CAGCAACACACAUUGGCCACCGGAAGCUGAAGUGAGCGAUUGAUUUCACAUCGCUGAUGUUUGUUUAAUCGUUGUUUUUAUAAACAUGGCAGGGAUUGUGUGUCGUACAUUAAGCCGGGUCGUAUCGAGUCAGACAUCAUGUUGCAGUCAUGUGGUGUCUGUUCGACACACUCACUGGUUCACAUCAAUUCUUUCUCCAAAAACCUCUGUGCCUUUAAGAGCAGAGCCCAAGAAGAAGAAGAAGAUCGACCCACGACGGGAACAAAUGAUGAAAGAACGUCUGAAGAAGAAGCUGAAAAAGUUAGAGAGAGUUCCACCAGAGUUGAUUCCCAUUGAAGACUUCAUCACUAGUGCCAAGUGCUUUGAUGAGACCAGGGUGCGAGAGGUUCCCAAACUCUCAUUUGAAGAGACUGAGCGUAGAGCACUUCUACUGAAACACUGGUCCAGAUACAAGUUUUCGCAGCACCAGGCUGAGAUGGCUGAAAUUAAGGAGGCGUUGGAGGCCCAGAGACAGGCGCUGGAUGAGUUGAAGAUUGAAUCAGAGGACCUUUACAAAGCAGCAAUCGCACCCGAUACUGAUUUAUUCCCCUUCCAGCAUCAGGGCCCCUGCUACACACCACCAAUUCCAAACUACGAGGCUCCAGAUGGCAAAUACAAUGACAUUACACGAGUAUACACCCAGUGAGGGGUAUUUCAGGUGUGUACAGGUUCAGAAGAAUGAGGACUGGGCUUUUCGGAAAAAAACACAUCAAUAUAAUGAAGAACAGCUUGGAACAUUAAAACGUUUCUUAUCUGUAAAUAUUCUUCAUGUGUUUCAUAAAUUCAUUUUACAUGAGAAUAUUUAUGAGACAGACCACAGACACAGUUGGGUCAUAUCUGUUAUUUAAUAAAGAAAAUCAAACAGUUUUUUCACAAA